UUGAAGUGAAAGCAAAAGUAUAUCAGACUUCGAGCAAUUAACAAGCGAUCGUUUGCUGCAGGAGAAUCCGACUGAGGAGGAGAGUUGAGAGAUUUUUUUUCGUGACCCAUCGAACUGUUUGAUUUUUUAUAUUUAUUUAUUUAUCCAGAGAGCGUUUCCGGUUCGAAAGCAAGAUGUGCAUGUUAUUUCUGUACAUCAAUCCAAAUCCAGGUCCAGAUGGUUUUUAUUUGAUCCUAGCGAAUACCAGAGAUGAGUUUUUCUACAGACCCAGUCGUGUUUGUCACUUUUGGGAGCAUAAUCCCAACAUUAUUGGAGGCAUGGAUUUUGAAGAAGGCAAACAAGGGGGCACGUGGUUGGCUAUGAAUACCAACGGACAAGUCGCCUCACUACUAAAUCUCUUGAGGCCGGUAUCUACACUGGACUUUGGAAAUAAGCAGCACAGAGGAUUUUUAGCCGUGAACUAUUUGGAAAACGGAGAUGAUGGCGUGACGUAUUUGCAGCGACUGCGUAGAGAAGCAGAUAUGUACAACGAAUUUCUACUCGUCACAAUCGAUGUCAAACCGAUGCUGGGCGAAGUGACUGCUGCUUACUACACAAAUGAUGGGGAUGAAGGACCAGUUAUACUUACACCAGGUGUACAUGUUUUUGGUAACAGCACUCCUGCUCAACCUUGGAGGAAGAUUGGUGCCGCCAAGCAGCUCUUUGAAGAUGUGGUUAUCUCUGGAGGACAACCAAGAGCUUCCCAAAAAGAGGAGGUUCUUUCAAAAAUAUUCAGCGUACUAAGGGACGACACUCUACACUAUCCAGACGAACAGCUGGUUAAAGAUGCGGAAGGAAGACCCGAAGAGUAUAUCAAACAACUCAGCGCAAUCUUUAUUAAACCUGAAAUGGGGUUCUAUGGCUCCAGGACACACACAGUCAUUUUGGUUGAUGGACAUGGACAGGUAGAUUACGUUGAGAAGACGAUGAAAGAGCCCAUCGACGUCACCUCUGACAUCACAUGGAUCACGACUCAUAUGAAGUUCGCUAUACAAGAUCCGAGCAGGAUUAUGUCACGGCUAUGAUUCUUUUUAGUGUCAAAAACCAAAGAAGUCAAGAUACGAGCAAAUUGCAAAAGCAGUUGAGGACUGUUUAUAUAUUGUAAUGUUUUGGGGCAACAGUCUUGUGAUGGUUAAAAACAAGAACAGUCUAUAGUAACAAGUCAUGAAUGUAUGUUACUUUAUAUCAGAUUCUAUUAUAAUUGUGCUUUUUAUUUUCUCCUGAACUCAGAAGUAAAACGUUACUUCGAUGAUCAUCAAA